CGCUACCUUGUUACGGGUGAAUAUGUCUGUGACCGAUUUGAACGAGCUGAAACGUUUGACGGGAUUGGCAACGUCGCAGGCGGACACGCUUAUUUCGGCCACUCAGCUGGCUGUGUCAGACAUGAAUGGAAACUUGUUGAUCGAGAGACCCAUCAACAACUCACUUCAGACUGAAUUGCUUACUUCCGAUCGAACUCGUCCCUACUUGGUGUCUUACGACUUAGACACGAACGAAUCUAAUAUGACUCUUACGGUUUCGGAGAACGUCAAUAGUUCGUCUUUCCGGGCAUUCGCGUUUACGUUCCAGAACGGUCGUAGCGUUGUCCCAGAUGUAGCUAAUUCGUAUACUCUGACUGCGAGCUCGACACUGCAAGAGACAGGCGACGAUACCGUCCUGGUUGUGAAGAUAUCUACAGACGACGUGAAUAAUCUCAAGAAAUGUCCGCGUUUGGCCACGUCUGCUAACACAACGUAUUUGAGUUGCAGCCAGUUGGGUAUCCGGGACAUGGACGGCAAGACGUUAAUACCCAGAGAUGUGAAUAACGGACUCAGAGUUAAUGAUUAUAUUCAAGACUGUACGCGACCGCGUCUCGUUGGCUUCGAUGUGGACAUGAACACAGGCCAGUUGACGUUACAGUUUAGUGAAGCGGUCAAUAGAACAACACUCGGAUUGGACAAGGUCAGUGUGCAGGAAUCUGCGAGUCCGUCGAACGUCACACAUCAACUGGAAGAUAACUAG